GCGCGUUGUCGAUUUCAUAAACAGCGGCUGACUUGAACAGAUUUUCUCGCAGUUUCUUUAUAUUUCAUCGACAUAGGACACGAAUAUCUUGUCGUGGUUAAAUUUCUUGUCAACCAUACCGAAUGCGAUCAUAUGGAGGUCCUUAUUAUGAUAGGCUGAAGCAAGAUAUGCAAUGAUGGCAACAAUUAGUGAAAUUUCCAAUGGACUGGAUGUACUGAUGUCGGUGGCUUCUUGUGCACAGUCCCUGCUGGGUCCUCAAAGAACUCUUAAGUGCAUCGUAGACGACUCAGGCCCUGAAGGCAGUGUCCUGGUCAGCACCGCUCCGGAUCUACUGAGUAACCUCAACAUUGACCAUCCUGUUGGUCAGCUCCUGAAUUCAGCAUGUCAGUCACACCACAGAACGUACGGAACAGGCAGCAAGACUCUGGUGUGCAUGGCAGGGUUUCUCGCAAGGGCUGCACGGCACUGCAUACAUUUGGGGAUACCUUUCUCCGCAGUCUGCCAUUGUCUGGAGGAAGGUGUAAGGAUGUGUUGUGAGGAGGUGGAAAAGACAGCAAUCAUAGUUGAUAAAGUUUUGUGUGAGAAGUCAACUGAAAUUGUCAGGACAGAUUACCACACAAAGACUAUACCUUUUGCUUCUGUACAACAGACAGACAGUACAGGUACAUUAACAACAGUCAGCCGUCAAUGUGAAAAUGAAUCCGAUGACGUAGAUGACAUUUCCUGGUACUUUGAACCGCAAACAAUUGCGCCUUUCUCAAGUGCACGUAAUCCCACACUCCAUGUACAGGCUAUAAAUGUAGAUGCUAGCAGAACAGAAGACACAGACUCAAUACAGAAAUCAUUUCAGCAAAAGUUUCAAGAAAGCGAUGUGUUGCCUACUGAUGAUGAUGAAGAGGAAGAUGAAUUUUCUGCUUGUUUUGAAGAGACUUUCCCAUCAAAAUCUUCAAGUAAUGCUUGUCAUCAUGGAGAAACCCUUCAGAAUAAAUCUGUUGUGACUCAGCCAUCAAAGAAACCUGACAUGACACGGGAAGGUUUUGAACAGCUUUUGAAAAGCAAGCUAAAGGAAAAUGACAAGAAUAGAAAACUGCAGAUAAGAAGUCGACACCUAGGACUUGUAGAUUUUUUACCAUCAGAGCCAAAUCCUCCUUUGCAACUUCAAGAUCUUGAUUCUCACAAUGCUUCAGAGAAGACAGAAGACUAUCCAAAACAAAGUAAUCUUCUUCAGGCCAAUGAAACUUCUUUGACGUUAAGUAGAUUAUCUCAGGGAUUGAGUCAUGGAAACUGUGUUGAAAUGCAGCUGGCAUGUAAAGUGUUUCAGCAGAUACUGCAUGAAAGGCAAGGAGCCUCACCUGGAGACUUUGAUAUAACAAAUACUUGUCUUGUGAGUGGAGUAGAUCACAAACAGUCCUAUGUUACUGAUGGCAUUGUUGUCAAAGUGGGUUCAGGUCAGUUAGCAUCUAUACUCCAAGGGAAGAACAAACCACGGAAGGUCUUAAUCAUAAAUGGAGACAUUACAGAGAACUUUCACCACACAGGGUACAAGAAAGCUCUUGAAGUUUCAAGCAUUCAGUAUGGUGCUAGAUCUUAUAAAGCUCCAAAGUCAUGGCUAGAAAGAGUCCAGAAGGUUAUACUAGACUGUGACGUAGAGCUACUCCUUGCAAAAGGCAUUGUGGACCAAGAUGUGAUGGAGGUUUGCCUAUCAAUGAACUGUGUAGUGGUUCAGCAAGUAAAAUAUUCCACACUGCAGACUUUAGCUGAUGCUACAGGAGCAUUCAUCAUAACCUACAUACACAACUCAACCAGUCUCGAUGUCGGGGCUGUGACAUCUCUGGAACUCUUGGAAGACCACACACUUCAGAGUUACAAGGGAGCCUCGAUGUUGAUGAAGAUUGGCACCCCAGGACAGACGUGGAGCGCCGUUCUCUGUUGCCUGACGAAAGCAGAGCUGCACCAUGUGGAACAGCAGUUUUGGAUCUGUCUUCAUAGGUUGAAGAAUGCAUUGGCUGAAGGAAAGGUCCUUCCAGGUGGCGGCUCACCUGAACUCACCUGUAUCAGGUGUCUCAGGGACACAUCAGGUGCACAUCAUUCCCUGUCCGGUAUUCAUCCAGGUUCUUGGCUGUCAUUAUCCAUCAAAGAAUUCAGAAACUUUUUUCCUGUCCACCCAAAGAGCCAUCCCGUCCUGUCAACCGUGACUGUUGAUGACAAAGUUCCAGCAGGACCCAGUGAGGAAUAGGAUUGUGAUUUGCCGUCGUUUUCCCCAGUCAACAGAAUCAAUCUUGCGGCACGUCCUACACCGCUGUGCCAAUGUCAGGGCGGGGAUUCUGUGCCGAUGCGAUCGCUGCAGCGUGGAAAUGUCAUCAGAAGUAAAUGGAGUGUCGCGGCGAGGUGACGGCGCACUAUCAGUGACAUUUCUCACGCACUGUUUGCCGAUUCCAUGUAGAUCCUUCCGACUUGGAAGGGAUUGCAGGCAGAAUGUGAACAGUUUACGCAUCUUUUAACAGGAGCUCAGGCGUUCUAUUUUCUGGUGUUUGUAUGUGGUAAUGUCUUUCCUUUGUAACCUUUGUGAUUCAAAAACAAAAAAGAAGACUACAUUAUACUUUCACAUAUAGUUCAAUAGCAAUGCUACUUUUAUUUGCUAAUUAUAACCUAUACCUGCAAAAAGUCACUGAUGAUAUAGACAGAACUGUUUCAUAAUGUAUUUCAUACCUCAUAAUAUUUUAUGGCCCAUAGGCAAACACAGCAUUCCUUCGAUCUGUUACCAUAUAUUCCAAAACAGCUAAUGCAUACAAAAUGUAAUGUACAUGUACAUAGACAAUGUUUUAUGCUACAGGAAUAAUGACAUACAUUUGUAAUUAUAUACAGCCUACUAUAACUUUAAGCACUGUGGCAGUGUUUAGGCAUUUGGAAGCCAUAAAAAUAUGACAUUUUAAAGAAUGGGUGACUAUAGAUGCAGGUACUGCGAAUUACCCAUUGGAUGCAAUUACCCCAUAUUAUAUCUAAUACUUGUAGCCUUGGAGAAACUGUGAAUUUGAAAUAAACUAGCAUUAUAAUCCUAAUUCUAAUCAAGAUUGUCGAUUGAGAUAUGAAAAUUCUCUUUUAAAUAAUGAUAAAUGGACAACUUGCCCAAUAUACAAGCAUAUUUGUCAUUCUUUAUAGCUUUGUUGUAUUGCUUUUUAUACAUUCUGCUGCCUAAAGGCCUGAUUUCCAAUAUGUUUCCCAGUAUAUAUCUCUGUAAAAAUGUCACAUGAAAAUGUCAGAAAUCCAUCAUGGAGAAUGAAUGGACAAUAACUCAGAGUCAUUGUGCGACAGAACUACUGUACCAAAUGUGGUCGAAAAUAAGUGUUGGUAUGGAAUAUAUUGAAUGUCUCUCUUCACUAUUUGAUUCCAAAAUUGUACACUAGCUGUUGAAAUCUUCAACAUUACAAGUAACUAAAAUAUGUGCCCUUGUGGUAUAUCAGAAAAAUGUGUAUUGAUUGUUGCCCUUUGUAAAAGAGCACAUUUGUCAU